AUGGAUCGGCGCGAAAUUGUGAAACUAGAUGUGGCAUUUGUGUAUUUUAAGCCACAAAUGGGCUCAAAUACGAAUGUUCAAGUGGAAGAAAUCGUGGAUAUGGAUGAAGAGGAGCUACAGAAUCGCGAAGAUUCCAAGCAUUUCGCCAAAUACCUCAUUGGUCCACCAGCAUUCAAUCACUUCAUGUGGUACGCAAAAUCCCUUAAAUUGGAAUUAAAAUCAAUUGGACCCGAAAGGAAGUUGAGAGUGACGCAUUUUAGAGUUGAAUCUGGCAUUCGUGGUGGUUUUCUCUUUGGCCGAAACUUCUAUCACAACUUCACAGUGAUCGUGGGUCCCAUUGAGGAGCAUUUCUACUUUGUGGAUGCCGUAAAAUUCCAAGUUCACUGUGGCAGACGUUUCCGUCCUCAUCUCCAGGCUUUAGCCCAAAGUCGUGUACUUGCCGUGUCACCGCAACAGCAACAGAAAUGUCCACCGGAUUUUUGUGCCAACAACUGCAACAUUUGUCGUUCCUCACCCACUCGCACCUUCUGCCCCUGCAAUGGGAAAUCUUUUGAACCACCAUUAACUGGAACUGAGAUUGAAAACUAA